ACACUCCGGGGGUUAUGUUGUGGGCACGCUAUGGUGUCAACGGCCACCUGUCUUGGUAGAUGCGUUCAACAAAUUAUAUCUGUGCCGCUUCGAGCCCAGAAUCAGACUCGGAGGCGUGUUGGAUCCAUUUCUCCCUCCAGAAUUUCGACGAUACAAGGGAGUCUCAAAACUCAUGGGCGAGGCUAGCAUCCCACUUGUCACUCCGAAGUUCGACGUUUUCCACCUGGGACAAUUGUUGUGGAUUCUUGCUGAGAGCUGGGCGAGCGGAAACAGCGCUUUGUCUUUGAAAGAGCAAUUGUAUAUGAAAGAACCGUGCAGCAAUGGCGGACCUGCGGAAUCGGUCGUUCUUCCUCGCCUCUCUGAAAGCGCUCCCGGGUAUUACAGGGAUGUGGUGGAAAAGUGCUUCGCCGAAAAUCCACUCGACCGGGACCCUGCAUUGAAGCUCUUGUCACUGUUCCCGCGUGGAGGUAGUUGGCAGGAGAGCCAUUGUGGACAAGAUCUAAAAGCCGAAGCUAUGGGAGUUGACGCUAUGCGAGAAUGCUGCCUGCACUCAAACUACUGCGACCAUUGUGGAAAACAGGAGAUAGUUUCGCUCUUUUACACUUGUAACAUUUGCGAGUUAGGGGACUUCAAUGCAUGCCCUGCAUGCUUCCAUGCAGGUCUGCAUUGCUAUGAGGAAGGGCAUUUGCUGGUUGAGAUUACACCUGAUAGGGCUUGCUCCGGAGCAAAUCGUCGAUUUUAUUCGAGUGUGAGCAGCUCGGGGCUUCGGAAUGUCAUUGAGGGUUGAAGAUACAGAUGAGAGGCUGCCAGAUGAGCGCGGGAGUAACUGUUGCGGUUGAUCGGAAACCGCAUUAUUUCCUAGAUUCUUGAUGAGUUGAGAAUACUGUCCCCCGUAGGAUUUGCUUUCUUCCGCGCUGGCAUCGAUGGUGAGGGGAUCCUGGGCUUCUCGUUGCUUUCGCAAUUGCAAUUGUUGAACUCCCAUUCUCUCGAUCCCACGCAGAAUGAGAGGAUAUCGGC